UCAGUGAGUAACAGUGAACUGUGUGCCUUGCGCUUGGCUUUAAAACUUUAAAGAAGUAACACUCCAUUUGGACUUAAAAAAAAUCUUCAAAGGAAGCUUUCACAAGGUUUACAGACUCACUGUUCCCUUUUCACCUAUUUUCUUCCCAUCCUCAAACAAGCACAUCUGGCUGAAUUGUAUUCGUGCAACUCCUUUCCACAAUGGCGCUGUCCUCACGCUUAAAGCUGUGGGAGCAAAAGAUAAAGGAUGAGAAGAAACCACCACCGACUCCCCAACCUCCUCCUCCCCUUUCUGUUCUACCUGGAGGAUUCCUUAAGCAACUUGUGAGAGAGACAGAGAAGGAGACAAAGGAGAAAGAACCUGAGCUUAAAGAAGAGAAAGUGCCAAGCAAAUUAAGUGAGAACCUAGUCCAGCAGUUCCUGCUUCCAGAUGAAACUCCACCCAUCUUGGAGGCAGAGAUGGCCCUCAGAGCAGAGCAAAUGGUCAAUGCUGCCCUGACAGAGAAUAAAAAAUACUUCCCAGAUCAGAUCCAGAGUCCAGACUCCAUGAACCAGAAAGAUGAUUUCAUUGUCAGUAAACCAGAUGUCAGUGAUCAUAAACAGGAGAAUGAUUCCAACCUAUCAAAGUUUCCAAAGGUGUCGGCUAAGGAAGAACGAGAAGAGGCACGACUGGAUUUAAAAGCAGUUAAGGAAGACAAUAUGAGAGAAGUGAGACAAGAGCCAGAAGGGCAGCUGGCUGAUAACACCCUAGCAGAGGAACCCAAGAAACCUGUGAGGGAUGUCUGGUAUGAGGCUGGUACAGUGUGGUAUGUGCAUAAAAAUGGCUUCAAUCUUGCCACUCAGCUUAAGCCUGAUGAGGGCACACCAGAGCUCCCUUAUGGGACAGUGAGGGUUCGACUCCACGCAGAUGGCUCUGUACAUGAUGUCACACAGUACGAGAUUGAAAAGCUGAACCCACCAGAGCUGGACCUGUGUGAGGACUUGAGCCAAUUAGUGAGUCUGAAUGAGUCAAGCAUCCUGCAUACUGUGACCAGCAGAGCCAAAGCCCACAUGGCUCUAACACAUGCUGGACCAAACCUGCUGGCUCUCUGGCCUCCUGUACCACUACAUAGCAAGGGGCUGCGUAGCCGACACUGGGACACAUGGGAAGCUCCUGCUCCUGUACAAGCGCUGGUACAGAAAGUUUAUAAGUCCAUGGUGAGCCAACGGAAAGACCAGAGUGUAGUGGCUCUGGGCCGUAGUGGCACAGGAAAGACCACCUUGUGCCAGACUUUUACCCAGGAACUUCUCAAACAUGCUGGCACAGCAGGAGAAAACUGUACCUUGGAGCGUCUCCAGGCCAUGUUCACUGUGCUGCACUCUUUUGGCUGUGUAAGCUCUCAUCAAAGCGAGGCCUCCAGUCGAUUUGCCAUGGUGUUUUCUCUGGACUUCAACCACAAAGGACUGGCAGCUGCAGGACACCUUCAGACCAUGAUGCUGGACAAGUGGAGGGUUUGCCAUAGGCCUGAGGGAGAGAGCAACUUCUUAGUCUUCUCCCAGAUGCUGGCGGGACUCAAUACUACAAUGAGGACAGAGCUCCAGCUUCACCAAUCACCAGAAAACAAUUUAUUUGGCAUCAGUUGCCCAACCAAGGUGGAUGAGAAGCAGAGGGCUAUAGUUGAGUUUGGAAGACUCUUAGCAGCCAUGAACACUCUUGGGUUUUCACCUGAUGAACAACGGGCUAUUUGGCAUGUUCUGGCUGGAAUAUACCACCUGGGUAUAGCUGGGGUAUGCAAAGUUGGGCGUAAGCAGUUCUUGAGUUUUGAGGGUGCUCAGGUUGCCAGUGCUGUUCUUGGCUGUGAGGGAGAAGAUCUUCACACUUCAGUAUUCAAACAUCACCUAAGGCAGCUACUGCAGAGGGCCACUGGAACCACUAGAGAGCGCCACAUGGCAGAGGAUCAAGAGGAAGGUCCUAAACUGAGUGCAGUUCAGUGUGUUGAGGGCAUGGCGUCUGGUCUCUAUGAGGAGCUGUUUACUGCCAUUGUAUCUCUAAUUAACAGAUCUCUGUGCUCCCAGCAGCUAAUCUUAGGCUCUGUGAUUGUGGUGGACACACCAGGUCUACGCAACCCCAGACACAGUGGGAAAGACAGGGCUGCUGGCUUCUCUGAGUUCUGUCACAACUACUUACAGGAAAGGCUGCUGGAGCACCAUUUCACACACACCUUCACUAAUGUUCUUGACAGAUACACACAGGAGAGAGUGUCUGUAGAUUUUGAGGCCCCUGAGGACAGUCCUCAAAAAGUGGUGUGUGCUAUCGACCAACCAGGACUGCAGGUCCGAGGGCCUGAGGGUGACCCUCGGGGCCUUCUUUGGGUUCUAGACGAGGAGUUAGUCACUCCCAGUUCUUCUGAGAACACUGUUCUGAAGAGGAUAUGUCAUUACUUCGGUGAUACAGUGCGUCUGUGUGAACAGCCCCUACAGUGCGAGAUUGCUCAUGUGUUGGGCUCUGACCCCAUCCGCUAUGACCUAUCUGGCUGGUUUGGUCUGGUUCAAAAUAACCCCUCUGCCCUCAAUGCCAUCUCUAUUCUGCAGAACUCCUCUGUCCAUGUAGUAAAGGCUCUAUUUGCUGCACGGGCCUCAGUUCCUCCUUUGUGUCGAGGUUUGGGUGGUGUUGAAGGAGGUUCACAGCGCUUUCUGGAGAGAAGUGGGUGUGUGCGCAAGAUCUUUACCGGAGGAAUGGCUGCUAUCAGAAGAUACUCACACUGCAUCUCUAUAAAACUGCAAGUGGAUGCCCUGAUAAGCUUGAUUCGUCGUGCACAGCCGGUUUUUCUACAGUGUCUCAGCGCUAAGGUCGAUGCUGGUGGCUUUGAUGUUCCUGCAUUGCGCACGCAGCUGCACUCAACCCACUUAGUACCUGCUUUGCAACUGUAUCGUAUAGGCUAUCCUGAUCAUAUGUCUCUGAGUGAUUUCCGCUGCCGGUUCCAGGCGCUGUCUCCUCCUGUAAUGAAACGCUAUGGCUCUGUAUUUAUCACUCCAAAUGAGAGAAAGGCUGUGGAGGAAUUAUUGAUCGAAUUGGAUAUGGAUAAGAAGAGUAUUGUUUUGGGAGCAAGCAAGGUGUUUUUAAAACGUGGCAUGCUGGGAGCACUGGAUGUGCAAAGGAAUGGUUUGGUCAACAAGUGGCUAGUGCAUAUGCAGGCCUCCUGUUUGGGGCAUUUGGCACGGCAGACAUACCGCCGCAUGAAGGUGCAACAGAUGGCGGUGAGAUGUAUCCAGCGAAAUAUCCGUGUUCUGAACAGAGUGGCCAACUGGAGCUGGUGGAAAAUGCUGUGCAGAGUGCGCCCCCUGCUAAGCGUUAAUAUAGAUGAACACAAAGUCAGGGCCAAAGAGGAUGAGAUCAAUAUGCUGAGGAGGCGACUGGAAAAGUCUGAGAAGGAGCGGAAUGAACUUAGACAAACUGCAGACAGCCUGGAGACCAAGAUAACAGCUGUGGUAUCUGAGUUAAGUGAUGAGAGGUUUCGGGGAGAGGCAGUGAGUCAGGCCUUAGACGCAGAGAGAGUGGAGAGACUUCGUCUGACCAAGGAAAACAAGGAGUUACAGGAUCGUGUGAAUCAGAGCAAAGCCACUGUGGAAGCACUAGAGAAGCAGCUGACAGAGGAGAAACAGAAAGCCAAAAGCAAAGAGACACCAAGUGGCAUAGCUUCAGAGGGUAAACUACAGCUGCAGUUGGAUUGUGCACAGACAGAAGUGGAGUUUCUACGCAGACGUUUGCGACAGACAGAGGAGAGAUUUGAGGCUGAGAAAGAAGCACGAGAACUUUUGGACACCAAGGUUUUGGAGCUGCAAGCCCAGCUGGAACAAUCAAAGCGCUCAGUUGCAGAACUGAAAAGGCACUGCCGCCACGUGACUUCUGACCUGCAAGAUGCGCGUGUGCUCAUGGACAGCUUGCAGGCGCGUACUCAUGACCUGGAUAGGAAGCAGAGGAGGUUUGACAGCGAACUUACCCAGGCUCUAGAGGAAGCAGAUAAUGAGAAAGAGCAAAAAGACAAGGCCAUCCAGGAGAAUACAGCUCUGGGGGCAGGGAUCUUUUCUCUACGUCAGUCUCUUACGGAGAGUCAAUUGGAGGUCGAACACUUGCAGCAUCAAAAACAAGAGCUGUGUGCUCAGAUCCGAGACCUGACUGUGCCCCUGAACCUUGGCUCUGACUCUGUGCCUGAGCUGAAGAAACAACUACGUGAGCUUGAAAGCAGAGAUAAGGAGCGUGCUCAGGAGCUUGCCAAUAUGACCGCCAAAAUACAUCAGCAAGAACAGAUACAUGUGCGCUUCGAAAUGGAGAUGGAAAGAAUGAAGCAGAUUCAUCAGAAGGAGCUGGAGGACAAGGACGAGGAGCUAGAGGAUGUGCAGAAGUCUUCACAGAGACGGCUCAGGCAGUUAGAGAUGCAGCUAGAACAAGAGUACGAGGAAAAGCAGAUGUUGGUGCAUGAGAAACAUGACUUGGAAGGACUGAUUGCAACUCUGUGUGAACAGGUGGGCCACAGAGAUUUUGAUGUAGAGAAAAGACUCCGACGAGACCUGAAGCGUACACAUGCUCUGCUCAGUGAUGCCCAGCUCUUACUUUCAGCCAUGGAGCAAAACGGCCAGUGCCAGGCCCCAGGAACCAUGGAGCAGUUAGACAGACUGCAUUGUCAGCUGGAGGAGAGUGAGGCACGGCGUUUAGAGGCUGAGAGUGUGGGGAAAACACUUGCCAUGGAGCUGGAGAAUGCUCAGCUGGAGCUGGAGACCAUCUGCAAACAGAAAGGCCUGGUGGAUGAACAGUUGACUCAGCUACAGUAUGAGAAGGCUGAAUUACUGAAGAGGCUUGAGGAAGAUCAGGAUGACAUCAACGAGCUCAUGAAGAAACACAAAGCCCUUAUAGCUCAGUCUUCUAGUGACAUCACUCAGAUACGGGAGCUACAGGCAGAGCUGGAAGAAGUGAAAAAAGAGAGACAGAGUCUACAGGAGCAGUUGCAGACAAGUGCAGCGCACUUGCAGUUCCUGGAGUCUUCCACGGUGGCCCGGAGUAUUGUGAGCAAGCAGGAGGCACAUGUCUGUGAUCUGGAGAACAAGCUGGAGUUCCAGAGGGGUCAGGUCAAGAGAUUUGAGGUCCUUGUUCUACGUCUGAGAGACAGUGUGUUGAGGAUGGGUGAGGAGCUAGAGCAGUCUGCUCAGGCAGAGGCAAGAGAGAGAGAGAACUCACAUUACUACCAGCAGAGACUGGCAGACAUGAAGCUAGAGAUGGAGGAUCUAAUACUCAGAGAGCAGGAGAGUAGCCGUCGGCGCAUGGACUUGGAAAUGCAAGUGGAAGAGCUUAGUGCAGUGCGUCAGACUCUUCAGGCUGAUUUGGAGACAUCAAUCCGACGUAUCGCUGAUCUACAGGCUGCCCUGGAGGAGGUGGACUCAAGUGAUGAAAGUGACACAGAAAGUGUACUGACUGCUGUGGAGUCUGCCUCCAGAAAGAGAGAAAUGGACAAUGCAUCCACUGUGGGCUCCAGCAUCAGUACAGAGGACACUGGUAAGGGUAUUCGCCAUUGGCAGGGAAUGUCACGUGAAGGUCACAAGUCAAGCACAGACUCAAUGAGCACCUACAGCUUCAGGUCACGUUCCCAGGAAUUAGAGGAUGAUCUUGCUGAAAGCUCCAGAAUUCUACCUAGAGCAUCAUCCUCAACUGCAUUAUCUGAGCUAUUGGAGGGCAUACGGAAAAAGCGAACAGGGUGGGAUAAAAAUUCAGAGGUAGAAGAAGGCAGUACAGUAUCACUACCCAUUUCCCAGCUCACAGCAGCCUCCAGCCUGCGGCGUCGGGCCCUUAACCUUGCCCCGGUCACAAAUGAGGAUCUAGAGGAAGCGGUGCGUCCAGGUAUCUUAAAAGGUUCUAGCUCUGUGCUGCCCCAGUCCUCCAGUUUGCUUUCCACAUCUGAAUCCAUGUCAUCCAUCCCCUCAGCCAUGUCUACUGUGAGUAGGGCAAACCGCUUUGGCUCCUGUGACUCACUCACAUCAGUGCUAUCCUCCAUGAAAACCUCCAACCGCUCUAUCCCAGAAGAAUGGGACGUAGAGGCUGGUGCAAAAACCCUACCACUGCCAGGCGCCCAUCAACCAGUUCGCCAUCGGCUGUUCAAAGGUCUUAGUGAUGAAGGUGGUGGUGAAGCCCUACUUGGGACAGAGCCACUUGUAUUUCAGAAUCGGCGUCUUUUAGGAAAUCCCGAAACUGAUAAACCACGGGUUGGAUGCGAUUUAGGGGAUACCAACUCGGAUAUUGUCCCAGCUCUCCGUAGAUCACAAUCUAUAAGCAGCUUAGCAAGUACCAGCUCCAGAGGGGGUCAGCGGCGCACUUUAAGCGUGCAUUUUGGAGAGCUGCCACCUUCAAGGGCAUUGUGCAAGGACUCAGAUUGUGAGACUUCUGAUUCUGAAUGCUCUCAGGACCAGACUGGACCACUAGAAAAGAGGCUGGAAGCUGAAGGAAGUGAAGGAGAUGUACAAUCAGUGAUGAAAAAGUAUUUGAGGAAAGCUGAGGUUGAUUGAACAGAAUUGGGUGAGGACUUUGUCAUGGUGGACAGUUUAUUACAAAUUCAAGGAAUUUGUCAAUUUUCAUAACUAGAAUGUCAGUUGCUCAAAUGGUCUUUUACAAAAGCACAAGUACUCAUUCUCUCCAUUGCCAUAGGUGGAAGCCUGACACAUGUCGGGCAAUGCUACACUGUACACAUGAAUAAAG